CCUACCUCAGGUAAAGAAGAGAGAAAAAGGAGGCCAGGGGAUUACUUUUAUAUUCCCCUUAACAUGUUGCUUGUAUUAAGAAUACAACUGUCUUCCCAGGCUGUUAGUGGCAUCGAAUCUCUCUUGGCUACCAUAGAAGCUAUGGCAGCUAGCCCCAAACCUGAUGGUAAGCUGUCUGAGUUCCUUGCAGCCAUGAAGAAGCAGCGCCAACAGAGAGGAGGAGAACCUGGGGCUGGGACGUUCAAGUAUCAGGAAGUCACGCUUUCUAAAGGUGAAGCUGCAGAGCUGGCAGAAGGUCAACCAAUCAGCCAGUGUGCUCCCAGACUGCAAAGAGCCAUUGUGCUGACCUGUGAGUCCACAGUGAAACACCUGAAGAAUAGAUUUAGCAGCCUACUUGAAGAGAACACAAAGGAUGCACCAACAGCCAAGGCAGUGAAGUGUUUCAAUGUCUUCAGCCAUGACUCUUGGGCAGAUAAUAGGCUGGAGCUCCUGAACCAUGGUGUGGAAGAGGUGAACUUUCUCCUACAACACUUCUCCACUGUCCUGGACAGGAAUGGCUGCAGCAAAGAAAAGGCCAAAGAGGAGUUCCAACUGAUGAAAAUGACGAUAAACACGUCAUUCAAGGACAAAAGCUAUCUUGGACUGUGGCAAGUCAUGACGACAAAAGAGCCCUACUGCUCAGAUUUUGCGGCUGACGGCCAGGAAGCCUGGAUCCAGGCGGCCCACUCUGACACCGUGUCCCUCUGUGCACGGGCUCUGGGUGCCGCCUCGAGCCAGGAGACUUCCCCGGGCCGAACCCCCCCAGUGUCCUUCACAGUGGAUCUGCGGGACGCCCCGUUGAGCUCCGCCUCCUCGUCCCGGAACGCCGCUGCCUCCGCCCGCCGCCGGGCGCACGGUGGCGCCGAGGCGGACCUCUCUGGGACGGAGCGCUCCCAGUCCGCCAACGGCCAGAGGUCCCAGGCCCCAGGCAGGAUCGCUGACGGCCAGGAAGCCUGGAUCCAGGCGGCCCACUACGACACCGUGUCCCUCCGUGCACGGGCUCUGGGUGCCGCCUCGAGCCAGGAGACUUCCCCGGGCCAAACCCCCCCAGUGGAUCUGCGGGACGCCCCGCUGAGCUCCGCCCCCUCGUCCCGGAACGCCGCUGCCUCCGCCCGCCGCCGGGCGCUCGGAGGCGCCGAGGCGGACCUCUCUGGGACGGAGCGCUCCCAGUUCGCCAACGGCCAGAGGUCCCAGGCCCCAGGCAGCCCGCCGGCCUCUGACGUUCCUGAAGGCGUGGCGGGCAGAGGUAAGUACGCGUUGAGCCCGUUUCCCCCUGUGCAGGAACGUCUGAGGAACGGCAGGAUCCCCCGGGAGAAGCUCCGGGGCCCGUCCCCCCACCAGGCAGGGGAAGAGGCCGGGCCCUCUGGGAAGAGGCAGAAGAACGGGGGCCGCUGUUUCCCCGACCAGAGGCUGACCGCUGAGUCCGAGCUGGAGGAGAAACUGUUGGAUAGCAGUGAUGAGCCGGCCCAGGGCUCCCUCAGCGGCCCCCAGCGAGACCCACCCGGGCCCCACCCCUUCCCCAAACCUGAGCUGGCCAUGACACAGAGCCUCACUCUCAUCAGCUCAGAGAACUGGCAGGAGAAGAUGGAAGGGCUCACGGUGCUGCGCAGUCUGGCCCAGAACCACGUGGACACGCUGCUCCCCAGGCUCCGCGACGUCUGCCUCGCCCUCGUUCAAGAGGUGAAGAACCUGCGUUCGGGCGUGUCCCGCGUAGCCGUGUGCACGCUGGGCGUCCUGUACUGCCACCUGCAGCGGGCCAUGGACAAGGAGUUGGACACCACGGCCAGGGCGCUGCUGCACAAGGCGGCCGAGAGCAACGCCUUCAUCCGGGAGGAAGUGGACGCAGCGCUGGGCCACAUGGUGCGGCACUGCACGCCGGCACGCUGCAUCAACGCCUUCCUGGACGGGGGUUUGAGCCACCUGAGCGCGGCGGUGAGGAAGUGCGCCGCCCAGCACCUGGCCGACCUGCUGGAAAGGGUGGGCGUGGCCCGCCUGCUGUCCGGAGGGAAGGACGUGACGGACAGAAUCCUCCCGGCCGUGGUCAAGCUGGCCCUGGACUCCUCCCCGGAACCCAGGUCCUUUGGCCGCCGGAUGUUGCUGUUCCUGUCCUCCCACCGGGACUUUGAUAGCCUGCUGGAGAAGAACAUCCCCACCAAGGACCUUUCCGCCGCCCGCAAGGCGGUCAGUGGACUCAAGGCAAAGGUACGGAAGGCCCCGCCCUCUCGCCCCACCCUACCGCUUGGCUACGGGGAGCCCAACAAGUACAGCUCCAAACCUCAGGGGCCCAUCAUCGAAGACAAGGCUGAGUACAUCAGGCAGCUCACCGCUCUGCUGGAGUCCAAGGACUUCAGGAAGCGCAUCAAAGGCCUCGACCAGCUGGUGGCCGACUGCCAGCACAACCCCAGCAUGGUCAUCCGCAGCCUGUUCCCGGUGUUUGACCUCUUCAGAGACCGCCUGCUGGAGUCCAACCGUAAGGUGAACCUGUACGCCCUGGAGGCCCUGCAGGGGAUGGUGCGCCUGCUGAAGGACAACCUGUCCGGGGUGCUCAACCACCUGGUGCCCGCCAUCGUGGACAACCACCUCAACUCCAAGAACCGCGCUGUGUACUCGGCCGCCACAGGGGCCCUCUGCGAGCUGGUGCUGAACCUCGACAACAGCCUCCUCCUGGAGCCGUUCUGCUUCAAGGCACGGGUUCUUAGCGGCCAAGCAAAGGUGGAUCUGAUCGAGAAGGUUGCAGAGCUGGUGAUGGAGCUGUACCCCCGCCGGCCCCAGCUGGUGGAGCAGAAGGCGCUGCCCCUGCUGUGGGGCCUGCUGGGCCCGUCCAGCGGCAGCGUGCACCGGGCGACCACCAGCCUGUGCCGAGCCCUCCACCAUCAGAUGGGGCCCGGCCUGCGGCAGAGCGCCGCCUCCCAGCCCCCGAGCGUCGGCAGGGACCUCAACCAGCUGCUGAGAACCAUGUCCUGAAUAA